GCUCCGUACAGUUGAAUUCAUCUUUGUUGUAGCGGGAACCAGCUGCAUCGUAGAUUUGUGAGCAACAGUUACCUGCGAAAAGAUGGUGGUUCUGAAGGGAAUUCCGAGAAUUUUGUCGCCGGAACUUCUGCAUGUCCUGGCCCAAAUGGGCCAUGGAGACGAGAUCGUUCUGGCUGAUGCAAAUUUUCCCUCAAGUUCAAUCUGCGGUGCUGGACCAAAAGAAAUAAGGGCAGAUGGUCAUGGAAUUCCAGAACUUUUGGAGGCAAUUUUGCAGUUACUGCCCCUUGAUGCAUUUGUACCAUCACCAGCUAUGGUGAUGGAGCUGGUUGAUGAACAUAAGAAAGCAAAGCUACCAACACUAGUGUGGGAUAAAUUCCAAGCACUCCUGGAUGCAGCAGAAGGCAAAACAGUCAAAAUAGAGCAGAUUGAGAGGUUUGCAUUCUAUGAGAGAGCCAAAAAAGCUUUUGCUGUUGUGGCAACAGGUGAGAAGGCAUUGUAUGGCAACCUCAUCCUGAAGAAAGGAGUGAUAUCCUCCGGUCAGUAGCCUUUGACCUCUGCUGUGGUUGCACAUUGACAGCAUUUCUUAUAGCCGUCCAGUCAAGAUGCAGAGGGAAGUCAUAUUAUUUGGGUGGUCUUGAAUUGAUCAGUACAAUAUAUACUGAUAGGAGCUUCUUGUUGAGGGCAAUUGGCAAUACCUUGCUGCUCCGUCUUAUUUGAGAGUACAAACAGUAACCAAUUCAAUCAAGACACAUAUUUUGCAUGUUCAUUUUAACUGGUUGUUUUAAAAUAGUUCCAGUUUAUUUGCCAGGUGACAAAAAGUGGUCCUUGAAGUUGAACUAAAAUUCAUAAAAUUGAGAAAAAUGAAAUGUGUCGUCGAUACACAGCUGUACCUUACAUGUAGGUGUAUUUGAUCUUCAGUGUACAAUGUAGACUUAUAUUGCACUUCCUGAAUGUGAAUGGUGAGGUCAUUUGUGUUAAAGAGCAGGACAUCCUACAUUUAUAACUUCCGAGUCAAUUAGUACCAGCAUCCAAUAUUGCACUUUGUAAAAGUCACAUUUCAUGCUUGAAUUCAAAAGUAUUGUAAUUCCUUUGAAACCUGAGAAGUACUGCUCGACUUCCCUGUCUGCAGCUAAGAACUUUCCUUUUCUAAAAUUGUAAAACCAGCAAUGUUUCAAACUCUAGCUUCUUACCCAUAUGUAUGCACAGUGUACCCCACUCAAAUGCCCUUUGUUAAACUCUAUUGCAGAUCCCUUCCUUUACUCACAUUUAAUCCCAUUUAGUUUCUGUGAUUUUGAUUUACAAAUGCAUGCGUCGUGAAACUGUUGUAGUCUAUCUCCAAACAUUACUUAGCGAAUAUCAUCCAUCGAGAACUCCUCGUCCAGGCAACAGAGAUCUUCCCUCUCCAUAUCUAGUUUUUACUAAUCCAUAUGGUCAGCGUGCCUUCCAAUUCCCUGUACCUGAACAACCUGCCUUAACACAUCAAAAACUGUCCCAACCUAGGACAAUUUAAACUUCAACUUAAAACUGUUCACUCUCUUUUAUAGUGCACAGUCUUAAUUGUAUUAUGCACUAUUUAAGAAGUUUUGGUCACUAUUUUUAUAUUAUGGGUUUUGCCCUUACCCAACGUAUAUAUAGAUAUUUAUAAACACUGUAUACUCAGUGCUUGUCUGAUAUGAGAG